AUGGACCCCCAAAGUUUGAAGGAAGAUCGGCGUCUUUUCCAGAGUACCUUGCUCCAAGAUGGACUAGAAGAGCUUCUCGAUGAAAACAAACUGAUAGACUGUGUUCUUAAGAUCAGUGACCGGCGCAUCCCCUGUCACCGGCUGAUCCUUUCAGCAUGCAGUCCUUAUUUUCGUGAACUUUACUUUUCAGAUGCUGGUGAAGAGUCUCAAGAAAAGGAGAUUCUUCUGGAAAACCUGGACCCUGAUCUUAUGGAGACAAUAGUGAACUAUAUGUACUCGGCAGAGAUUGACAUUAAUGACAACAAUGUCCAGGAUAUUUUGGUGGUUGCUAAUCGCUUCCAGAUCCCCUCUGUGUUCACAGUGUGUGUUAACUACCUUCAGAAGCAGCUGUCGAAGAGAAACUGCCUGGCAGUCUACAGACUGGGCUUGAUGAUCAACUGCCCCAGACUGGCAAUAGCUGCCAGAGAUUACAUUGCUGAUCGCUUUGAAGAUUUGUCAAAAGAGGCAGAAUUUCUUGAAUUUUCUCCUCCUGAAUUGUUUGCUAUAAUAGGGGCGGAUGCCCUAAAUAUAGAGAAAGAAGAGGUUGUCUACGAGGCCUUGCUGAAAUGGGUUAAGAAAGAUAAGGCAAAUCGCAUCAAAAGUUUGAGUGAGGCUUUCGACUGCAUUCGUUUCCGUUUGCUACCAGAAAAGUUUAUCAAGGAGAAAGUGGAGAAGGAUGAGCUCUUUAAAGCUGAUGCUGAGAUACAGAAAAAAAUCAAAGCAAUUAAAGAUGCAUCCGGGGGUAAGCUUCCAGAAACCCCAAAAGGUCCAGAUGGAAAUGACAAAGAGGGAGAGAGCCUUCCUGGUUAUUUGAAUGAUACCCGGCGGUAUGGUAUGUUUGCCAAAGACAUGCUGCUGAUGAUCAAUGACACAGCAGCUGUGGCCUAUGAUGCACACGACAAUGAGUGCUUUCUGGCUUGUAUAUCUGAGAAGGUCCCACGAAACCACGUGAGUCUAGUGACAAAGAAGGGAAAUCUUUACAUUGUAGGAGGGCUUUUUGUGGAUGAAGAUGAAACUCAGAAUCAACUGCAGUGUUACUUCUACCAGUUGGAUUGUAUUGGUUGUCAGUGGGUUGCUUUACCACCCAUGCCUUCUCCAAGAUGUCUGUUUGCUCUUGGAGAUGUGGAUGAUUUAAUAUUUGCAGUUGCUGGAAAAGACCUACAGUCAGAUGAAUCACAUGACACAGUCAUGUGUUAUGAUACUGAAAAAAUGAAGUGGUGUGAAUCAAAAAAAUUACCUUUGAAGGUCCAUGGUCACAGUGUUGUGUCAGAGAAUGGGCUGAUUUACUGUUUGGGAGGAAAAACAGAUGACAAUACUACAAUCAACAAGAUGUUUGUAUACAAUCACAAGAGAUCAGAAUGGAAAGAAUUGGCAGCAAUGAAAACUCCUCGAGCCAUGUUUGGAGCAGUGAUCCAUAAAGGGAAGAUUAUUGUGGCAGGAGGGGUCAAUGAAGAUGGGCUCACAUCUGGGUGUGAGGUCUAUGACUUUGGAAAUAAUAAGUGGCUGCCAUUUGAAGACUUUCCCCAAGAAAGGAGUUCAGUGAACCUGGUGAGCUGUGAUGGGCAACUGUACGCUGUGGGAGGCUUCGCCAUGGUGGUGAACGAGGACAAAGAGUGCACUCCGAGUGAGAUGAUCGAUAUCUGGCAGUAUGAAGAGAACAAGAAGCAGUGGAGUGGGUUAAUUCGAGAGAUGCAAUAUGCAUCUGGAGGAUCAUGCGUGUCUAUGCAUUUGAAUCCAGCUAAAAUGCCUAAGAUGUAA